AUGAAAGUCUUCUUCGCCCUUCUGCUUUUACAGGGAAUAGUAGACAAGCCAGUUGUCGAGCGGUAUUGGUCAAAGCGCAGAGUGAUUGAAACCCCAGUGUUUGGAAAGGUGAUGAGUAAGAGCAGAUUUAUUCUGCUCAUGAAGUUUCUCCACUUUGCAAACAACGAAGAUGAUGUUGGUGAAGUGGGGCAAGCACGUCAGAAACUUCGCAAGAUCUGGCCGGUGCUGUCGCUCAUGAAAGAGCGCUUCAAAGCAAGCUACAUGCCAGAAGAGAAUAUAUCCAUUGACGAGAGCCUCAUGCUCUACAAGGGACGACUCUCCUGGAAACAGUUCCUUCCGCUAAAACGGUCCCGCUUCGGCGUGAAGUUCUAUGUGCUGUGUGAGGCAGCGUCCGGCUACAUAUGGGACGUCGUCAUCUACACAGGCAAGGGCACUGACGUCGACGAUCAGGCAAGCGCCAUGGGGACGAAAGUCGUCAUGAAACUAAUGGAGCCACUGCUGGACCAGGGCUAUUGCCUUACUGUGGAUAAUUUCUACACGUCGCCGGAGUUGGUUGAAAAAUUUUGA